CCCCCGGUGGCGGCUUGCGGCGGCGCCGGAAGGGCGCGGCGGCCCGACAUGGCGCUCGGCCGGCGGAGACACGGAUCCGGCGGCGGCCGGGCGUGCGAGCCCAACGAGGGUAGCAGCGGCGUGCAUGCCUAGUCGGCUGCGGGCAGCGGUGGCGCGGGGGUGGCGGCCGCACAGGCCGAUGCGGCCCUGGCCCCGUGCAAGGAGCAAGCCGGUAGCAGAGGACACCUACGGGGUUGUGCGCGCAAGAAUCAGGCAGGCGAUGGAAGCUGUUGCGGGGGAUGCUGCGACGGAGGCUGCUGCGGGGCUGUUGUGGUGGCUGAGUGGGCAGCCGGCCAGCGCUGAGUUGGCAAGGAGCCGUCGGCGUGGCCGGCGGACCCCUGCGGGUGGCACCACACGGGCGAGGAGGCAGCGCGGGCGAUGGGAGAGCCGCUGGGUGUGGUGGACUUGUUCUUCUUCUCCUUCACUUCACAAGGCGGAGAACUCCUUCCUUUGAUUGAUCCUCUUGUGCAACCCGAAUCAUCCCACCAGAGCAGGAGUUCAUCGAAUGGUGGUUGCUUCGCCCCGUGUUCGGUUGGAGAUCUGACUGUCGCUAUUGCAAUGGCCGCGACUGCUCCAUCUCUGGCGCCGGUGCUAUCCCCGUCCCUGUCUCCUGCCAUGGCGCCGACGACGCCUGCGUCGCCCAAGGCCAGCGAUAGGAAGGUGGUGCCACUGACGAUGGCCGACGAGGUGGAGCUGGAGGAGAAGCAUGUGCUGGCGGUCGACGAUAGUUCCGUCGACAAGGCCGUCACCGUCAAGAUCCUCCGCAGCUCCAACUACAGAGUGACCACCGUCGAUUCGGCGGCGAGGGUGCUGAAGGGCCUGCUGCCGGACGAGAACAGCAUUUAAAUUUUGAAUAGUGCUAUUCGAGCUUUAAAUUUUGAUUUUUGCUCAUGUCUUUUUUUUUUCAGAUUUGGAGCGGUUUAUGUCUUAAUUUAUGCAUACAUGUAUUGGUUUCUAUGACAUUCUAGAUUUUUGCUUAUAUGCUUCUAUAUGACUUAUUCUAUUAUAGGAUCAUUUAAUUUUUGAAUUUCAGAUAAAGAAUACAUUGUAUGAUGCAAAUUUCAAAUUGGAAAGACAAAAUGCGUAGAUUUAUAUGAUUAGAUGCUUAGAGUUUUGUGGAUGGUGGCGUGGAAGCCAUGAUCGGUGGGAUGCCCCUGUACAUAGGUUAUAUGCUUCUAGGUUCAAGGGCCUGGUGCCGAGGCAAAAAAUGCACUAAAUUCUAUACUUGGAUGUUUAGAGUGCUAUACACGGUGGGUUCUAUGCUCCUGGUACAGAGGUUCUAUGGCUUAUAUCACUGCCUUCUAUGACAUGUAUCGCUACUCUUUACGACUCUGUAUAGAGUAUAAAAUGAUCUACAUCAUCGCUGGCUUCUAUGAUCUGCCCUCUAUGACAGGUAGCACUUCCUUCUAUAACAUAUAUCUCUUCCUUCUAUGACACUGUAUAGUGUACAAAUGAUGUAUAUCGAUGUCUUCUAUGAUCUGCUGCCUAUGCCCUAUAUAGCUGCCUCCUAUGACUCUAUAUAGCUUCAAUGUAUAUGUGUUCUGUGCCAGUUUGAUAGCAUAUGAGACGGCCUCUGGGCCCCAGUGGCGGCGACGGCUCCUUGUGGCCUGAGCCGAGCGGGCGAGGAGGUGGUCAGGCCCCCAACGGGCGGUGCCACCCUCCUGCAGUGCGGCACCAAGCAUGCGAGGAGGCGCCGACGCCGGCGCGGUGGCUCCCUGCGGGCCUGUGCCGAGCAGGCGAGGAGGUGUCGGCGCGGCCGGUGGACCACUGAGGGCGGCGCCACACGGGCGAGGAGGCAGUGUGCGGCCACCAUGCGGACAAAGAUUUUGAGGAUCCUCACAUUACAAGUCCAAACCAUAGAUUUUUGCAUAGCUAUAACAUGUUUUUAUGCCACUGUAUAAAUGUUUCUAUGCUCAUCCGACAGGCAGGGGAAGGAUGAGUAUUUGUAAAUGAGAGCUAAUUUGGUCAGAUUUGGAAAAAUUAAGGGUUUGCUUGGCCAGUGUUUC